UUAAUUCAUUCGCUGAUCUGAACUGGCGAGGAACGACCCAAUACAUCUACUAUACGCCACUGGAAUGAAUAGUUUGGUAUUAUUUAUUCUUUUGCACCUGGGGUUCAUGGUUUGCCAAGGAGCCAACCCCUGUUGCUCUCAGCCAUGUCAGAAUCGAGGUGUCUGUACGGCAUUGGGCUCAGACUCUUAUGAAUGUGACUGUACACGCACUGGAUAUUACGGUCAAAACUGCACUACACCUGAAUUUCUCACAUGGGUGAAAGUUUCUAUGAAGCCUUCUCCCAACACGGUGCAUUAUAUUCUCUCACACUUCAAAAGCUUGUGGAAUAUUGUCAACAACGUGUCGUUUUUGAGAAACGGCAUAAUGAGAUACGUGCUAACAUCUCGUGCCCAUCUGAUUGAUAGCCCUCCUAUAUUCAAUGCUGACUAUGGUUACAAAAGCUGGGAAGCCUACUCAAAUCUCUCCUACUACACUCGCACGCUGCCUCCUGUCCCGCACGAUUGCCCAACACCAAUGGGAGUCGCAGGAAAGAAAGAGUUGCCAGACGUGAAGCUUCUGGCUGAGAAGCUGCUUCUCAGGAGGAAGUUCAUCCCAGACCCUCAACGCACCAGUCUUAUGUUCGCUUUCUUUGCCCAACAUUUUACACACCAGUUCUUCAAAACCGACAUGAAGAAAGGCCCAGCCUUCACAAGAGCCCUGAAUCACGGGGUUGACUUGGGACACAUAUACGGACAGGACCUUGAACGCCAACACAAGCUGAGACUUUUCAAGGAUGGCAAGCUGAGAUAUCAGGUUCUGGAUGGUGAGGUUUAUCCUCCGACAGUCAGUGAGGUUCAAGUAGACAUGCACUACCCUCCUCAUGUACCUGAGUCCCGUCGCUUUGCCGUUGGUCACGAAGCCUUUGGACUGGUUCCCGGACUCAUGAUGUAUGCCACCAUCUGGCUGCGUGAACACAACCGAGUGUGUGAUAUACUAAAGCAGGAGCAUCCUGACUGGGAUGACGAGAGGCUGUUUCAGACCGCACGGCUCAUCCUUAUUGGCGAGACGAUCAAAAUUGUCAUUGAAGAUUAUGUGCAACAUCUCAGUGGAUACCACUUUAAGCUCAAGUUUGAUCCUGAACUUCUCUUCAACGAGCGUUUCCAGUACCAGAACAGGAUCUCUUCUGAGUUCAACACUCUUUACCACUGGCACCCCCUUAUGCCUGAUGAAUUUCACAUCCAGGAUGAAGUCUACAAUUAUAAGCAGUUUCUCUUCAACACAUCUAUACUGACAGACUAUGGCGUCAACAGCUUGGUUGAGUCCUUCACCAAACAGAUUGCUGGAAGGGUGGCUGGAGGGCGUAAUGUUGCACCAGCUGUGUUAAAGGUGGCCAUAAAGUCAAUUGAAGACAGCAGGCAAAUUCGCUACCAAUCUAUCAAUGCCUACAGGAAACGCUUCAACAUGAAGCCAUACAAAUCCUUUGAAGAAAUGACAGGAGAAAAGGAGAUGGCUGCUGAACUUGAAGAGAUGUACGGGGAUGUGGAUGCUGUGGAGCUUUAUGCUGGGCUGCUGGUUGAGAAGCCCAGGACCAACGCCAUCUUUGGGGAGACCAUGGUGGAAAUGGGUGCCCCCUACUCCCUCAAAGGACUUAUGGGAAAUCCCAUCUGUUCCCCCGAGUACUGGAAACCAAGCACCUUUGGUGGCAAAGUGGGCUUUGAGAUUGUCAAUACUGCCUCUCUGCAGAAAUUGGUUUGCAAUAAUGUCAAAGGGCCCUGCCCUAUGGCGUCCUUCUACGUGCCUAAUGUAAAAGAUUCAGUACCAACCACCAUUAAUGCAAGUACUUCCCACUCGGAUCAAAACGUCAACCCAACAGUUUUACUGAAAGAAAGGACAUCUGAACUCUGAUAGAUGUAUUCUGUAAGAAAGUUAUUUAUUAUUUAUUUAUUUAUAGGUUAUUUAUUUUAUUUAUUGC